UUCAGGGGGUCAGAAACGAAUCCGAAAGUGAAAUAGCCGGCGGCUCCGAAAGCGGCUGACUUUUUUUCGGAAACGAAACUGAGAUGACGUUUGUUUGUUUUGCAGCAGCGAGCAGCCUGUGAGUACUCGGAGGGAGGGGGGAGUGGCGCUGACGUUCAGAAACUUGGAAGAGGAGAUAAAGCCAAAGGGAAGCGGCCAGAGGGAGAGGAGACGACUGCUAGACGCCGGCAGAGGUGUGUGCAUCGAAGCUCGUGUCCCAGCGAACCAAGGGGGUUGAGGAAUUUGCAAAGAGCGGAGCUCUGGAAAAAGAGACAGAGAAUAUUCUGCAAUCAGAUUCUGAUCGACUUCUUGCGAACCCGACGAGGAUUGUGAGGCUUCGGUUGUGAUUUGGCAAGAUGAGACUCCAGUUGAAGUAUUUGACCGGUGAGUCUUUGCAACUGGAUGUCGACCCUAACAUCCAGGUGUCGGCUCUCAAGGAGAAAAUAUACCAAGCAACUCAGGUGCCAGGUUUCCAACAGCGCCUGAUGGUGCAAAACGGGCAGCAGGUGGAGCUUCGGGACAACAGCCGGCUGAGUGACUACAACCUCCCCCCUGACUCCACGGUCAUGCUGCUGAUCAGGAAGGAGGAACGCAUACAGGUAUUCCUCCUCAACGACAAGGGGAAAACGACAACGUACGACGUGCUGCCUUCUGAGUCCGUGCGGGACUUUAAACAAAAAGUACAAAGGCAGGAAGGGGUCACGCCCGACCAACAGCGCCUGACAUUUGAGAGCAAACAACUGGAAGAUGGCCGGUUGCUCUCAGAUUACAACAUCAGAUCUCAGUCCACCAUCCAGCUCCUGCUUCGUCUGCGCGGUGGUUAAUUUGCGCUCGACUGAACUAGAUUAAAACUGUUAAUUAUAUUUUGCAUUCCUAUUUUCUAAUACUUGAUUUAAAAGAGACUAGAGAUGAGACGAUUUGUUCAAUGUUCGAUAUUGUUCACUUUGCUUCUUUCUGCUGCCUAUCUGCUUCAUUUGGUUUAGUCUAGAGAUACAGGGGGAAAGCAGGCCCUUCCGCCUACUGAGUGCGUCGACCAACGAUCCCUGCACGCUAACGCCAUCCUACACACACUGAGGACAAUUUACAAGUUUACUGAAGCCAAUUAAUUAACCCACAAACCUCUAUGUAUUUGGAACGUGGGUGGAAACCGGAACACCCGGGGAAAACCCACGCAGGACAUGUGGAGAACGUACAAACCUCAUAUAGACAGCCCCCGCAGUCAGGAUCAAACCCAGGUCUCCGGCGCUGUAAAUAGCCGCAGAUGAGUGAUCAUCUCGGAUGAAUAAAGCCGAUCAAGUUGGAUCAGCUGGCCACAUUUCAGCCUUCUCAGCUUGGCCAAAAAUGCAGUUUGUUUAAAUCUGACACAUUCCUUCAUAUCCAACUCUGUACCUUUUGUAGACACAAAAUGCUGGAAUAACUCAGCGGCAUCUCUGGAUAGGUGAUAUUUCGGGUCGAGACCCUUCUUCAGACUUCGGUUCAGAGGUGUGCACUCUAAACCGGCGUGGUCCAGAUGAAUCUGAUUCCUACGAGUUCACAAACCACAUUGGCUUCUCACUUAUUCUAUGGCCAAAGGAUAGCUGAUCUAUCCUCCAAUCUAUAAUGUGAAAUACUUCACCAUACAGGAAAAAAAAUCACAUAUAAAGCAUAGAACAACCGUCACCAUGCUGAGAAAUGCUUCCACACACUCUGCAAAUCAUUGCUUCAAAAUUACCGUCUUCAUGUUUGAGUUCUAAAUGCCUUUCAAUGUACUGUUGAUGCAAAAUCCAAUCUACUGUGCAACUAAAGCAUUCCACAUUAAUAAAUAUAUAACUGUAUGAA